AUGCCGAUGCUCAAAGAUCCUUCAAAAAAGUACAAGCCAUACAAGCCGCUGAACCUCCCCAACAGGACUUGGCCCGACAAGCAAAUCACCUCCGCACCAAGAUGGCUUGCUACGGAUCUGCGUGAUGGAAACCAGUCUCUGCCCGAUCCAAUGGACGGCGAGCAAAAGUACCGCUUCUUCAAGAAGCUCGUGGAACUCGGCUACAAGGAAAUCGAAGUCUCUUUCCCCUCAGCAUCUCAAAUCGACUUCGACUUUACUCGCCGCCUCGUUGAAGAGCCCGGUCUCACCCCCGACGAUGUCUGGCUCCAGGUUCUCGCUCCCUGCCGUGAGGAUCUUAUCCGUCGCACUGUCGACUCCCUGAGGGGAGCCAAGAAGGCCAUUCUGCACAUCUACCUCGCUACCAGCCCCUGUUUCCGCCAGAUCGUGUUCAACAUGGACAAGAAGCAAAGUCUGGAGAAGGCCGUUGCCUGCGCCAAGUAUGCUCGUUCAAUCACCAAGGAUGACCCCUCAAUGGCCGGCACAGAAUGGCAGUUUGAGUUCUCACCGGAGACUUUCUCGGAUACCGAGCCUGACUUCGCCGUGGAGGUUUGCGAGGCUGUCAAGGCUGCUUGGGAGCCGACUGUUGAGAACCCCAUUAUUUUCAACCUGCCCGCUACCGUCGAAAUGUCUACUCCCAACGUCUACGCUGAUCAGAUUGAGUACUUCUGCACCUCGAUGACUGAGCGCGAAAAGUUUGUUGUCUCCCUCCACCCCCACAACGACCGCGGUUGCGCUGUUGCUGCCGCUGAGCUCGCUCAGAUGGCCGGUGCCCAGCGUGUUGAGGGUACUCUGUUCGGUAACGGCGAGCGCACGGGUAAUGUCGAUCUCGUUACUCUCGCUCUCAACCUGUACACGCAAGGUGUCUCACCCAAUGUGGACUUUUCCGACAUUCCCUCCGUUAUCAAGCUUGUAGAAGAGUGCAAUAAGAUUCCAGUCAACGAGCGCUGGCCUUACGGUGGUGCUCUGGUCACGAGUGCCUUCAGUGGAAGUCACCAAGACGCUGUCAAGAAGGGCUUCGCGCUUCGCGAGAAGGCCGGUGCUACGGAUGAUGAUGAGUGGAGGAUGCCUUACCUUCCCCUCGACCCCAAGGAUAUUGGACGAAACUACGAGGCCGUCAUCCGUGUCAACUCCCAGAGUGGCAAAGGUGGAGCUGCCUGGAUCAUUCUGCGCAGCCUGGAGCUGGAUCUCCCCCGCGGUCUCCAGGUCGAGUUCAGCAAGGUUGUACAAAAAGAGACCGAGAGGGUCAACCGGGAGCUGCGCCCAUCCGAGCUUGUCACCCUCUUCGAGGAGGCUUAUCACCUCAAGUCAAACCCUCGUUUCAACCUCAUCGACUACAACAUCACCACCGAUCGUUCUCAGUCCCCUGCGCCACCUGAGCCUGGCAAGGCUCUGAGCACUACGAACCUCAAGCGUCGCUUCACUGGUAUCAUUGAGAUCGACCAUGUCCAGCACGCUAUCACUGGCACGGGUAACGGUGCCAUUUCCGCCCUUGCCGCUGCUCUGUCUACCCUGAGCAUUGACCUCGACGUUGUCGACUACAAGGAGCACUCUAUUAGCCAAAGCAAUGAGGGUGGUCUGGGUCGUGAAGUCAAGGCCGCCACGUACAUCCAAUGUACCGCCGCCGGCAGCAAGCAUCAAGUAUGGGGUGUCGGUAUCCACGCCGAUGUGGUACAGGCCUCCCUCAUUGCUCUGCUCAGCGCCGCCAGCUCCUUCCUCACCUCCCGCGCUGGCUCCCCCGCUCCCUUCCGCCCUAUCCGUUCCAAUACCCUUACCAAUGAGGACCUCCAAGCUCUUGAGCAGCUGACUGCUUCUCCCGAGACAGCGACUGCUAAUGGCGGUCUCAGUGCCAAGGUCAACAUUGACGGUCUGACCCGGCAAGCUGAGCAGUAA